CGUAGUUUUGCCGAAUUUGAUGAUUCAAUAAGUAGCAACAUUGAGAUAGGUAACGAUAUUUGUCCCUGUUCCGAGAAAAGUAUUCUUACAGACUAAAUCUAUAAUUCAACUUCCCUCAGCUUAAACACAAUUGUUUUCCCUCUACUUCCCUCUACCGCAACUGACACGUGAGGAAAGUGUUUGACGUGUCGUCUUCUCAGAAGCUGUCUCUCCUCAGAUUCACUGUUGGACGUAGUUAGGAAGAGAGACGAUUGUUCAGCAGCAGUAAACUGUUCAUUACAGCUUAUCUCCCGCUAUAAAUGUCUAUGUAAUUCACAGAAUACAAUAGCCAAGUGUCAGCAAGCAGCAGACGACACAAGCUGAUAAAAUAGGACACACACACACGCACAACGGUAGCAGACGACAAAGUAGUGGAAUUUGUUCAAGCAGGUCUAACUGUAGGAUUAGAGAUUUCGGAGGUGCAAAAAGUGCGUUAGCAUCAGAAGUGGAAAACGUCCGUUGCAGAUGCAUUUAUGUAUUUGUAGCAGACGACACACUGGUCAAAGUCCAGAUCUAUCCUAUCUGCAGACCAAUCUGAUAGUGACCGCUACACCGACCACACUGGGAUAUACAGCGGAAGGCAGCACAUGGAGAACUGAAGGACAUGACUCCAGCAUCUGCUUCAAGUAAAUUUGUCUCUCUGUGGGUGGUGAUUUCCCGAGCUGUCGACAUUUAGUGCAGGACCUAAUAACACAAGGAGGCGGAAUUGUGAUACAACAACAGGGGAUUCCAGGAAACUAUUCACUGAUGUUUUGGGCAGCAUGUUGAAGUUUGAACUAGACUAGCUCAGAGGGAGUUUUCCAAAGGAUGCAUGGCACGGAAAUAAUGGCGGCUGUCCAUAGUGCUCCUCAUCUUCCUCAACCCAUCCAGGUACAUAACUUCCCAUCAACCAUCCUUAAAAAGAACUACGAACCGUAUGUACGGGGUGUCGACAAUCACUACGUCAACGAUUUUGAAGAUGAUGACGACUUCAGUGAUCAUGACUCUCACUAUUCCGAAGACCUCCAAGACGACCUUGACCGAGUUGAGGUCGUACAAAAGAUACCCAAUAUAACACAACAAUUACUGGACUUUACAGAAAUGGUGAAUGCGGAUAUCAAAAAGUUUUUUGGUCGGAAUAAGAACGAGGAAGAUUCAUGUGACAUAUACGAGGACAAGUGGAUGCCGACCAAGUCCGGGCGUGAACUGUAUUACGCAGAUCUGUUAAGAGUGGCUCAGGGGGACGUAGAUGUAUCCAAAACCAAGGAGGUUGUAUCCCCGAUCUCACCAAAGACCGACCCUGAUAACAGGCAUAGGUUUAGUGGGAAACUAGAUGCCAAGAUAGGAUUGGGUCCACUUAAUGAACUAUUUGACCUCGGUCUUCGGCCUUCUAUCAUAGAAAAAGAUAAUAAAUUUAAGAGAUUAAAACGAGUGAGGUUAGAUGAUCAGAAACAGACUGAUGUGGUCCCCAUGCAUGACCGUACGUUUCCAGACUCGUUCUGGAAGGAACCUGGUAGUGAGCGGCCAACUGAUAACCACAAAACGGAGACAACAACCCCGGGUAUUCUGAACUCUUCUAAACCUCCAGACUUUAGUGAUCUCCUUCAAAGUUGGACAGGGGGGCAUAGUAAUUUCCCAGAGGAGAUGUCUAGUGAGGGGAGUAUGGACUCUUCAGCACCAGCUGAUAUACAACACUUGUAGCAGGCGAUGUCUUUGUGUUUCCAGUUGCACAUAAAGUUGCAAGAUUCUCAUUGAAGUCACAUUGACGUAAAUCACUUCAUAUCAUUAAAUAGAUACAGAAAACACCAAGAAGACGGCAUUCGUUUCGCCCAAGCGCGUAUGCAAUGAGCGCUUAAGAAGAUCCAUGACAUGUGUCUUUGGAGUUCCAUUAUACAAAUGACUCGAGUGACUGUCACCAUUCUAUGAUUAAUUCGUAGAAUCUCAAAAUUGAAUUUGAUUGAACAUGUUAUCCGAAGAUUUAGAACAGACUCGAACCAGCCACAUGGUACUCUGAUCAGAAUGCAACAGACUAGAACCUCUUACUUCAAGACGUCAAAGAACUAUAGGACCUUUACAGAAUCGGUUGUACCGGACAGACUUUCUUCAUGCGGCAUAACCUUAUCAUGCCAUGUAGUCAUAGCAGGCCUUUCAAUGCUGACUACUGGAACUCAUGUUAUUCAUUACCUUAUGUACGCCUCACUUAAUCACAUGUUUUGGUGUUUCCAUGCUGGACACAGAUCUGAGAAUAUAUUACGUUUUAUCAUUUUUUUUAAUCACUUUCUUUCUCACUGCCAUUGAUAAUAUAAUGUUGUUCCACAUCAGAUGUCAAUUUUUACUUUAGUGGCUUGUAUGUAUAUUAGCUUUAAGAUAAAGAGGUGAUAUGCGCAAAUUAUAUCACAAUAUGCACCGAAACCAUUUACAGUGUUAUUGGAUACUGUUUGGAAAAAACUCAAUUUGAAACAUGAAUAUUUUGAUAGAAAACUGACAUAGGUGCAAUGCAAGAUAUCUAAAUGUACUUCCAUCAUUACAUGAACUGACUAACAAAUGUUAUUCCAGAUAUCCUUCACAUAUCGAUACUGACAAGUUACAUGUUACCAUUCUUUGGAACCGAGGGGAUGUUAAGGGUAUAUUAAAGUGUUUUGAUAGCUAUGUUUUCAUUUAUCACUUGCUCAUUAACACAGGGUACAGUUUCAGUGCAAUGGUUUGUAAUGACUUUUAUCAACAUAUCGCUUUAAUUGCCAUUCAUCAGGAAUAGACAGCAAUGAAUAAUUAUUUAAUCAUAAGCAAAUGGAUAUAAACAUUCUGCCAAUUUCCGAUUGCCAGUGCAAGACACUGUGUUUCAUUCCCGAUGUCCUCAUGAUGAACAUGUUCUCAAUCGGAGAAGAUUAUGAGAAUGAGGGCACGCGGAAGGGUUUAAUCCGAAUUUUGUAUAUUUCAAUAUUUCACGACAUAUAUUUCAAAGAUGCAACAUUAAAGAGAUUAUCCUGAUGUUCUCUUUAAAUGUUUCUUCAUAACAAAAUUCGGACGAUAUUUAUGUAUCAUAAGGUCAUAAACUGAAUCAUCUUAUGUAAAAGUUUCAUGUAUUUUACACACAUUUUUGUCUUUUUCUAUUUCAUCCUGGGAGACCUUAUAACCAGGAUGUGUAAAACUGACGCGUUAGGAUAAAAAUGAUAUUUGUGUCAGCUUUAAGUUAUUAUUGAUUAUACAAUGAUUGCUGUGAGAGAAAGAGAUUAAUACACGAUAAUAAAAGAAGUCUUACAAACCCA